AUGAAGCAGACGAUACUCAAACCGCUCAGAACAGUUCGUAAUGCACUUUGGGGUGUUCCACCAUCCGAUCCCAAAGAAAGACGAUACUUGUUCAAACUUGACACUUUUGUGCUCACAUAUGUAUGUCUUCUUUACUGGGUUAACUAUCUUGACCGUGCAAACAUUGCUAAUGCUUAUGUGUCUGGGAUGAGAGAAGAGUUGAACUUGAGUGGUAAAGAUUUCAAUGUCAUCAACACCAUUUUUUACAUUGGUUACAUUAUAACUAUGAUUCCUCACAAUUUGAUUUUGUUGAAGAUCAGACCCCGUUAUUGGUUGACGUUUUGUGCAAGUGCUUGGUCCCUCCUCACCUUGGGUAGUACAAAGUGA